AUGGCGCACCACCAUCAAGGUGCUUCUCUGCCCAUUGUGAAUAUUGCUCCCUACCUUGAUCCCGAGUCAACAGCAUCAGAUCGCGCAGAGACUUCGGACGCUGUUCACCGGGCAUGUCGAGACUUUGGCUUUUUCUACGUCGUCGGACAUGGGAUCCCCGAGGAAUUGCGGCAAGAGAUGCUGCGUCUAGGGCACGAGUUUUUUGCCUUACCACAGGCCGAGAAGGACGACGUCUCGAUUUUUCACAGUAUGGACCGGAUUCGCGGAUAUGCUCGCUUGGGCGAGAACAUUACCUCGGGGAAGAGGGAUGUCCUUGAAGGCUUUGACAUAUAUCGAGAAUACCCACAACCUUCGAGCGAGAUGCUGCGAGGGGCGCAGCUCUGGCCAUCGCGGCCGUCCACACUCAAGUCCACCGUCCUGGAGUACGUCGAGAGUCUAGUCCCUGUCGGCCAGGCGCUGAUGCGAGCGAUGGGUGAUGGACUGGGGAUGGAAGAAGGGGCGAAGGCUUUCGAGGAGAUCAUUACUGACCCCUUCUGGGGAUUGAAAUUCGUCAACUAUCCGCCUUUGAGCACACCUGACAUCGACGAGAGGGAGAAAGGCAUCUCUUGCGGAGAGCAUACCGACUAUGGGGGUCUGACGUUCCUUCUUGCGGAUGACCACAUCAAGUCGGCUCUGGAAGUGCAAACCAAGGAUGGCGACUGGAUCAAUGCGGACCCAAUCCCGGGAGCAUAUGUUGUCAAUAUCGGGGAUAUGGUGAAUGUCCUAACGAACAAUCGAUACACUGCCACCGUCCAUCGUGUCAUCCACCGGGGCGAGGAGACCCGAGUCUCGAUCCCUUUCUUCUUCGAGCCGUCAUUGACCACAAAGGUCAAGCCCCUUGAGGCGUGUGCCAGCGAUGCAAGCAACAACCUCAGCAAGCCAGCAGUCAACUAUUAUGAGCACAUGUGCCACAUGCUAUACGAUGGCAGAUUCGUAGAGGCUGGCAAAGAAGUGGAAACGGUGCUGGUGAACGAGAUCUCCCUCAAGGGAUGA